UUUUUCUCCCGCCGCCUUCUUGGAGAAAAACCCUUCCCUCCUUCCCCAAACACUCGGAUUUUUUAAUCCAUCCUCCUCUCCCAACGCUUUUCUUUUUUUAUUUGGACCCUGCCACAGUCGUCUUUUCUUUUCCCUUUUGGAGAUUGUUUUCUUCACGAGGGUGAUUCAAAGACGUCCCUCACCCCUCUCAUUCUAAUCGGUUGCGUUUGCGCGAAAACUUAAUAGACCUUUCUCCGUCUGAGAAGCGAUCUCUUGGAAGUUGUGCCGACUUCCUCGCCUCUCUUUUUUUCGAGUCGCGUUUUCACGCCGCAUUUAGAUUUCCUCUGCCCGCUCAGUUCUCGGGCCCUUGUUUGAUUUCGACCAGAAAUCCGUCGUUUCCUCUGUCGAUCCCUUCUCGCGCCGCCUUUUUGCCGGCACGAAGAUAAGCAGAAGAACGCUUCACACGAAGUCGCAAACGAGAGACACCUCAGAACACGCUCACCUAAACGCCUCGCGAAUCCCAACAACCGCGACGAUGGCUGAUCAACUCAACAUGGGUGGCCUCAACCUGGGCCAGGGCGGUCCUGGAGCCGGACCCCGAUCCUACAUCCCGCCUCAUAUGAGAGGCAAGGUCGGUGGUCCUGGCAUGAACGGACCCCCGCCUCCCAUGAACAACGACCCGACUCCUGCCGGUGCGAACGGACUUAACAAGUCCGCAUGGUCUGGCAACCAGGCUCAGGACUUUGACACCCGUGGCGGCGGCAACUGGGGCGGACAGGGCGGUGGCCCGCCGCGUGGUGGCUACGGCGGCGGCGGCGGCGGCAACCGCCCCUCAUUUAACCCCACUGCCUACGGCGGUGGCGGCGGUGGUCAGGGCGGCAACAACAACUCUGGUGGCGGCGGCGGCGGCGGCGGCGGAUAUGCUAGGGGCUCCGGCGAUGGUCAGUGGCGGGAUGGCAAGCACGUCCCCGGCCCGGCCAACCCGCGCGUCGAGCGUGAGCUUUUCGGCACACCCGACGACCCGUCAAAGCAGCACACCGGUAUCAACUUCGAGAAGUACGACGACAUCCCCGUCGAGGCCACUGGUCACGAUGUUCCGGAGCCUGUCCUCAGCUUCACGAACCCGCCCCUGGAUGACCACCUCAUCACCAACAUUGCUCUCGCGCGUUACAACAUGCCAACCCCCGUCCAGAAGUACUCGAUCCCCAUUGUCAUGGGUGGUCGUGACCUGAUGGCUUGCGCCCAGACUGGUUCGGGCAAGACGGGUGGUUUCCUGUUCCCUAUCCUCUCGCAGGCCUUCCUCACUGGCCCUUCGGCCAUCCCCGCCAACCAGGGUGGUGGCGGCUUCGGUCGUCAGCGCCGCGCUUUCCCCACCUCGCUCAUCCUGGCGCCCACCCGUGAGUUGGCGUCACAGAUCUAUGAUGAGGCCCGCAAGUUCGCCUAUCGCUCCUGGGUUCGUCCUUGCGUCGUCUACGGUGGUGCCGACAUUGGCUCCCAGCUUCGUCAAAUCGAGCGCGGCUGCGAUCUGCUUGUUGCCACUCCCGGACGUCUCGUCGACCUCAUAGAGCGUGGUCGCGUCUCCCUGUGCAACAUCAAGUACCUCAUCCUCGAUGAGGCUGAUCGCAUGCUUGACAUGGGUUUCGAGCCUCAGAUUCGCCGCAUUGUCGAGGGUGAGGACAUGCCCAAUGUCAACGACCGCCAGACCCUCAUGUUCUCGGCCACCUUCCCCGAGUACAUCCAGAAGCUCGCCCGCGACUUCCUGAAGGACUACGUCUUCCUGUCUGUCGGUCGUGUUGGUUCUACUUCCGAGAACAUCACGCAGCGGGUCAUCGAGGUCCAUGGCAAGGACGACAAGGACUCGUUCCUGAUCGAUCUCCUCGAGAACGACAAGGAGACCGGUGGCCUGACGCUUGUUUUCGUUGAGACCAAGCGUAACGCGGACGAGCUGUCGUACUUCCUUCAGAACCGCAACCUGCCCGCCACCGCGAUUCACGGUGACCGCACUCAGCGUGAGCGUGAGCGCGCACUGGAGCUCUUCCGCACAGGUCGCUGCCCCAUCCUUGUCGCGACGGCGGUUGCUGCUCGUGGUCUUGAUAUCCCCAACGUCACCCACGUCAUCAACUACGACCUGCCCACUGACAUUGACGACUACGUCCACCGCAUUGGUCGUACGGGCCGUGCUGGAAACACUGGUGUCGCCACUGCCUUCUUUAACCCCCGUGACAACAUCGGCGUUGCUCAGUCUCUGCUUGUGCUUCUCCAGGAGGCCAAGCAGGAGAUUCCUUCGUUCCUUGAGAACUCGGCUCGUGCCAAGUCCUUCGGUGGUGGCGGUGGCCGAGGUUACCGUGGCGGUCGCGGCGGCGGCGGCGGUGGCCGUGGCGGCAACCGUGACUUCCGUCGGGCUCCUGGUGGCGGCAGCGGCUUCGGCGGCGGCGGCGGAGGCUCGUACGGCGGCGGUGGCUACAGUGGUGGUGGCGGCAGCAACUACGGCGGCGGCGGCGGCGGUGGUGGUGGCGGCUACGGCGGCGGCGGCGGUGGCUACAGCGGCGGUGGCGGCAGCUACGGCAACCCUGGGGGCCAGUCUUGGUGGUAGAUGUCGAGCUCGCAGCCGACAGCCCGCCUCAGAUUCCGCCUUUUGCCACACGGACCAAAGCACGCUUUGUUUCGAGGCCUCCACUCGCCCGCAUCACCUUUUUCGUUUUACGACGCAUCUUUUCUUCCCUCUUUUCUCUUUUCCUUUACCAUCGAUAUGCCCGUCUCGGAACACGUUUAUGAGGCGGCAACUUCAUGACCGACUCACCCUGUGUCUGGUCUGAACCGGAACAUCAGGCUUCGGAUGCUGGGCACCUUCCCCAGGCUACGACGAUAGAUCGCAUCUCUUUGUUUCUGCGCACCCCUGUUCUUGAUACCCAUUAGACGCAAGAAGACCGGGGGAUACGUUGCGGGCAGAAACACCGCAGGAAGCGCCUGAGAGGUGCAGGUACUGGAAUGCGGACUCGAUCUUGGGGAUCUACUCAUCUUAGGUUUUUCCCUGAUCUGGUUUUUCACGCAUUAAUGACGGUCAUGUCCCUGCUUUUCCGGCAACCAAAGCACGCGUUUACCGCAUAGAGUUUUUGGCCGCCUUUUCUAUGGUCGUUUACGUUUUCUUUCGAUGCGUUCUUUUCUCUUAUCUCUGGCUUUUUCUUUCCUUGUUGCUGGGCAUUUGCAUUCAUAGACAAAAGCGGAUUUCUCGGUUCUCUGGUCGCCACGGCGUGUCGGAAGGCUCUCUGGCAUGGGAGGCACAUAGAAGAGGCACGAGUUAGGCUGGGACUUUGUUUUCUUUCUUUUCCUUUUUCACGAGGCAUGGCAUCGCGCAUUGGGACGGCGCGACACUUGUGCGACUGCACCAAGAAGAGGGACGGUUUAUGAUACCCUCUUGAGCUUUUUUGCACCUAUCUCCAGGAGGAGAUUUGGGUGCUGAACCCUUCAACGAAGGGUUUGGGCUAUUGGUCGCUGAGGCCUCGGGAAAACCGCACUGCCCCUUUUUGUCGAGGGGACAUAAUCAGAUGACAAGGAAAGAGAACUAAUCAGUCUGGGCGACUGGAUUCUCGGAGGAAAUGUAUCAAGUGGCUUGGCUCAUCUCCGGUAACACAGCACAGCAAAGGAACAAGAGGAUUGGAGGAGGCCUGAUGGCGACGGCACAUCGCUGGCAGGGCCUUUUUCAGGAUUCUCUUUGGGAAGGGCAAGGGCGGGCAAGUCGGUUGCCUGCAGUGCUCGCCCACUGACUGGAGAAUAGUCUGGGACCCCGAGACCUGAGGACUCCCAAUUAAAAAAAAAUACAAAAAAAUAAAACAAUAAAUUAGGUACCUAGUUGAUGCCAACCGUAUCUUUGGCGUCUUGAUCGA